AUGGCAAUCUACCCCAAGACUCCCAAGGCUCCUAGUGUUGGAAAUGGAUGUGAACAACAUCUCGUCCGAGAAGAACUGUGGUUCAUCCACGUCAACCAGCGUCUCGGUCCCUAUCAAGACGCCAUCGUCAUCUCAACCACCGUCUGCCCUGCUGAAGACGCAAUCACCACUGCCGAGGAAUCCAGCCCUACCGGCCCAUCUGGAAAUGGCAAAGGCCAUAACUCUGGAAACGGCAACGAGUGUACAAUCUCAACAACCCUCUCAACUAGAACCGUAACCGUAACCGUAACCCAGUACCCGGCAACAGUGACCGACUGCCCAGCCCGUGACCAGACGAUACAUAUCACGACAGAGACUGUUGUUGCCGCACCCGGUGCAGUGCACAACAUCAUCUGUUCCCGCACAGGUGAUCGACCGUUAUUGUUGGCACACACACCUCCACUGCGUAUUCUGCUAUCACCAUCUCUCCAACCUGCCCAGCAUCACACGCACACGCAUCAACCCUGCUACACCUUCAAGGUUCAUCGGCAUCUACUCAGCCACGGCCAAGGUUUCCCCGUCACAGCCUCCUCUCCUACUACUGCAGGUGCAGGCACAAGUUCGGGCUCUACCACCGAAAACAACAACUCAGCAAGUGUAUCAACUGUAUUCAACAGUGCUUCGUCCUUCACUGUCUCCAGCUUCCUGUCUGCUCUUGGUGUUAUUGCCGCUAUUGCGCUUUUCCUCUGA